AUGUAUAAGUCUUAUGAGGAGGGGUCUAAGGAAGGAAAGAGAGGUGAUUUAUUGGAUAGGAGGGGAACGGGUGAUAAGAAGGAUGAGUCUGUUGAAGAAUCAAAGGUUGACAGUAGUAGAAAGGAAAUGGGUGAUGGGAGAAAGAAAAAAGAGGACGCAGUGGAUGACACUGGUAACAUGAAUGAUUCUGGUGUAGAUUCUGAUAAGAAAGUGGUCAUGGAACAGAAAAUUGAUAAUGGAAAAGAUUCAUCGGUGGCAAAUACGCACCCUGGGAAUGAGAAUGAGGAGAAGAAGGAGGAGGAACUUGAGUGGGAUGAGAUUGAGGAUCUUAGUGGAAUUGAUGAAGAGAAGGCAAUUCAAACAGGGAGCCCAACCAAAGUUGAUUUGCGGAAGCGCCUCGGUACUGCACAACAACAACAAGAAGACUUGAGUUGGGAUAUUGAAGAUGAUGAUAAUGAUAAGCCUGCUAAUGCUAAGGUUUGA